CUCGGCAAUUUUUCAGUCGUGUCGUGUUUUGCGUGCGUUCACUACUUUUUCAUUAGUGUUUUGUAGGAAAAUUGGUGAAGUUGACUUUAAUUUGUGAGAAAAUUAUUAUAUUUUUAUGUUUUCACAUAAGUGAAGGAAUUUGAAGAAAUUCCCUCAGGUUUUCUUCGAUAUCAUCAUCAUAAACACGGUAUCAAAAAUUUGAGAUUUUCUCGUCAAAGGUUUUCGCUUUUUUAAAUGACUUGCGCUUGAGUAAGUGGGAAAGAGCAAGCAACAAACACAUCCCACGAUAAUGGCGGCCUAGGUAGAAACUUUGUACGUUUGUUUAAACGAGAAAGCUAGCUACUCUUGUGCUUCGCGUACAUGUGCACUCAUUAAACGUGUGUUGUCGCUAACUGCUAGACACAAAGGAGCUGAGCUGGUACGUAAAAUUGUGCUGUGCACUCUAUGCGUUGCGAGUACGAGAAAAAAAGUACUAACAUCCUCAGUAAGGUGUGCUGUAUUUGGAAGCAGGAGUGUGACAAAUGGACAGUAUAAAGUGUGCGCAAGUAUAAUUUUGAAAUCUUUUAAUUUGGAUUUUUGUGAACGGAUUUUCAUUGUGAUCGGAAGAAUUGAAUUAUCUGUCUUCGUUGUUGCCCGUUGCUUGUUAUUACUUGUUAAAAAAAAAGAGAAAAAGGAAGGAAUACGGCCGUGUGUGUGUGCUUGGUGUGAAGUAAAAAAAAAUUAAAUUCAAAGAAUUUUGAAAAAAAUUAAUAAAGCAAAAAAUGAUUAAAAUGGAGACUGACAAGAUUAUGGACGAGACCAACUCUAAUUCGCAAGCAUUUACAUCGACAAUGCUGUAUGAUCCCGUCCGCAAGAAAGAAUCAUCGCAAAUAUUUCAAAAUGAACGUGAGACCUGCUUAACCUACUUCUCGCAAUGGAACGAAGCGGAUCAGGUUGAAUUCGUGGAGCAACUGCUAACGCGUAUGUGCCACUACCAACAUGGACACAUAAAUGCGUUCCUCAAACCGAUGUUGCAGCGUGAUUUUAUCACAUUAUUGCCGAAAAAGGGCCUCGAUCACAUUGCCGAAAACAUACUCACCUAUUUGGAUGCAGAUUCGCUCAAGUCCGCUGAAUUAGUAUGUAAAGAAUGGUUGCGUGUUAUCUCCGAAGGUAUGCUUUGGAAGAAGCUAAUUGAACGUAAAGUGCGCACUGAUUCCUUGUGGCGUGGCUUAGCCGAACGUCGCGGUUGGUUGCAAUAUCUCUUCAAACCACGACCCGGCACUACACAUAGACCACACUCGUUCUAUCGGGAACUUUAUCCCACUAUAAUGAAGGAUAUUGAGAGCAUAGAGAGCAAUUGGCGUAGUGGUCGUCAUAUGCUACGUCGCAUUAAUUGCCGUUCCGAGAAUUCGAAAGGCGUCUAUUGUCUGCAAUAUGACGAUCAGAAAAUUGUUUCUGGUCUGCGUGAUAAUACCAUUAAAAUUUGGGAUCGUACGGACUUGCAGUGUGUUAAGGAAACUUUACUUUCUUCACAGACUUUGACUGGUCACACUGGUUCAGUUUUGUGUCUUCAGUAUGACGAUAAAGUCAUCAUUAGCGGUUCAUCAGAUUCGACGGUGCGCGUUUGGGAUGUGAACACCGGUGAAAUGGUUAACACACUGAUUCAUCAUUGUGAAGCUGUGCUUCAUUUACGCUUCAAUAAUGGCAUGAUGGUAACCUGCUCGAAGGAUCGAUCGAUUGCUGUUUGGGAUAUGACCUCUCCUAGUGAGAUCACAUUGCGACGUGUACUGGUCGGUCAUCGUGCCGCUGUUAAUGUUGUGGACUUCGAUGAGAAGUACAUUGUAUCGGCCAGCGGUGAUCGCACUAUCAAAGUAUGGUCAACAUCGAGCUGUGAAUUUGUGCGCACAUUGAAUGGACAUAAGCGUGGUAUUGCGUGCUUGCAGUAUCGUGACCGUUUGGUGGUCAGUGGUAGCUCAGAUAACUCAAUAAGACUUUGGGACAUUGAGUGUGGUGCUUGUUUGCGUGUGCUGGAGGGUCAUGAUGAACUGGUGCGUUGCAUACGCUUCGAUUCGAAGCGCAUUGUUAGCGGCGCCUAUGAUGGCAAAAUUAAAGUUUGGGAUUUGGUUGCGGCGCUAGAUCCGCGCGCACAGGCAAAUACCCUUUGCUUGAAUACCUUGGUGGAGCACACAGGACGCGUUUUCCGCUUACAAUUCGAUGAAUUCCAAAUUGUCAGCAGCUCACAUGAUGACACCAUUCUCAUAUGGGAUUUCUUGAAUUUCCAACCCAAUGAAAAUGCAUCUGGCCGCCCACCAUCACCUACCCUAACGCUCAUGGAACAUUAACGUUUCGCAUUUGUUCAGAAUUUCAACAAUAAUAAGAACUACAACAACAAUACAACUGAUGUAUGACAAAUUCACGCUCAAGUGAUUAUAAAAGCCACUUAACAUCAACAUCAACAUCAUAAUAUAAUAUAAAAACGUAGCAAAAAAUGUUAAUUGGUUUAAAUAUAACCGAAAAAGCAGGAAGAUGAAAACUGUAAAGAAAAAGAGAAUCUGAAUAAAAUACAAACAUAAACAUGAGA